UUUUCCUUAUAUAAUUUUGAUUGGCGAAAUGAUUUGUUCGAAUUGAAUUGGCCGAAUCCAAUGAUGGUUUGUUGAAGAAAUGGGAGGAGGUGUGGAUUUCUGGGAUCAUCCCUACUACAAAACUGUGAAGAGAUUCACCGCUGCCGUUGGCCUAUGGCCCGGCCAAUCAAUGAAGGAGAUCAUCAUGUGUCGUUUUGGAAUAUUUAUCGUUUCAGUCGUUCAAAUUGGGCCACAGAUAAUGGCUUUUUGGAAACAUCGAAAUGACAGGAAAAUGGUUAUGGAUACCAUCAGUCCUUUUAUCGUAGAUCUUGUAUUUACCGUGAAAUUGGUGAAUGUAUGCUGCCACUUUAAAAAAUUGCGUUAUCUCUUGGAACAAAUCAGAGAACACUGGACCAUUUUUUCUCGGAAUAAUGGAAUUUAUAUGCUUCAUUAUCAUAGUGAUUUCGGAAGAAAACUUUCGGUGUUGUAUCUAGUGGGAGUAUACGUCGGUUGGUUGUGUUACACAACUGAACCGCUGCAGCGAAUAAUUUUCUAUCGUCUCCUGAACCCCAACAUUACGGCACCAAAGAGAUUCUCGAUGCCAAUGGAUUUUGGACCAGUUAACCUGGCCAUCUGGUAUUAUCCACUCUUAUUCGGAUCUGGAUUUUGCGUUUUUGUGAUUUUGACGGUCGUCGGUUCCUGUGAUUUACUACUAUUCUUGUGUGCGGAGCAUGCUUGCGGAAUGUUCAAAGCAUUAGGUUAUGCCAUUGAACAUCUGCCGCCUUACGAUGCGGCUGAGAAGGGUGACUACAGUUUCGAGUACAUGCGGAGGUGUGCGGCAAUUCACCGGCGUGCAAUAGAUUUCGCAGAACACGUCAGAGAUAUUUUCCUUUGGUCAUUCUUCGGUGUUAUAGGAUUAAAUAUGCUAAUAAUGAGUAUAACUGCUGUGCAGGUGGUGAUCAAUCUGAAUGCUAUGGAGAAAGUCAUCCAAUACACGUCCUUUGUAUCCAUGCAGAUGGUGCACCUAUUCGUGGAAUGUUUUUCAGCUCAACGUGUGAUGGAUGCCAGUUUUGAACUCAAAGAGACUCUGACAAAUGCCAAAUGGUAUGAUGCUUCAAGGCGAACGCAGAAACUGAUCCCUCUGAUGCUCAUAAGAAGCCAAACUCCAAUUGUUCUAACUGCUGGGAAAAUAAUUGUUAUGAAUAUGAACACAUAUGCUGUGGUUCUCAAGACGGCAGCAUCAUAUUUUACGGUAUUUUUGGUUAUGCAGUGAAAUGAGGUGGGACUUGUUGCGAC